AUGUGGAAUGGAAAUUCUAUUUUUCAUUAUGAUAUUGAAAGUCAAGAUGUUUCUGAAUAAUAAGAUACUACUCAAUCGACCUAUUAAAAGGAGUAUAAUCAUGAUGAUGAUGAUUCUUAAUAUAAUGAAGAAUAUUUAGAUGAAGAUGAUGUUUUUUAUGAAUAAGAAGGCAAAUCUGAUGAAUAAAGUAUUCUUGAUUAAUCUUUAUAAGACGAAAAUAAAUAUGUUGAUUUUCCAGAUAUACAACUAUUUUAUAAAUAAAUUGAUAACUUGACUCCAAUACCAAGCAACUUUGAAUUUAAAAAUAAAGAGGAAUAUUAAGAAACUAUGAAUAAACUACAAGUAGAAGCUUAUUUUGUUUAGUUGAGAGAGUCUAUGUAAUUAAAUUUUAAAUAGCUUAAAAAAAAGGAUAAUAAAGAAUCACUUUUCUCUCAAUUUCAAACUAUUUAAAAAUAUGAGGUUAAGGAAGUAGGUUUUUAGAGGCAUGGAUUUUGUUUAUCAAUAUUUUCUUCCUUAAAAGUACCCAAAUAUUAAAAAGAGUAGUGGCAAAUUAUAAAUAAUCAGUUGAUGAUUUUUAAGGAUAAAAACUCUAAUAAAAUAUUCCUAGGAAAAGCUAUAGUCCCACAAAAUAAUUAAGAUUAGGAAAUAAUUGAAAAUAGAAAAGAACUGGAUUAGUAGAUAAUACAUUAAAUUGAAAAUUAAAGAUUAGUAAAUGAUUUAUUGAAUGGCAAAGUAAAAAAUGAGUAGUAGUUAAUAAAGUAGCUUUAAAAUAAGCAGCAAAAUUAAUUUAAGUUAAUUAAUUUCUAACAAAUAUUUGAAAUUAGGAUGAAUAUUAAUGAUGAUUUAAAAGAGUUCUUGAAGAACAUCAAAAACAUAGAAAAUAACUAUGAACUUUUAAGUCCUAAUGAAUAUUAUCUUCCUCUCCAAAAAAUUUAAAAUAGUCAUAUCUCAUUUAGAUGUCAUUUUUCUAUAGCAUUUGAAGACUAAACAAUUCAUGCUAAAAAGGGUGAAGCUAUUUUUCCAAAUUAUGAAUUUCUUAACGAAUAAAAAAUAUCUUUAGAAUCAUAUAAAAAAUUAAUUGAAAAAGAGGUAUAAAAUGCAACUAAGCUAGACAAAUUCUAAAAGGAUGCUCUUUAAAAAGCUUUAAGUAAUUAAAAUAGCUUAAUUUAAGGCCCACCAGGUACUGGUAAAACAUUCUUAGCUGCCUUUUUAGUUAAUACUCUAAUAAAGCUAAAAAAGGAAUUUUGUAAAAAGCCUAUUUUAGUUGUUAGUAAGAAGAAUGAUUCUCUUGAUUAGCUCCUUCUAAAAAUUAUUGAUCAAAAUCCUUCUAUUAAAAUUCUUAGAUUCGGAUAUAUGACUAAAAAUUAAUUUAUUAAAUAAUUGAGAGUUCCAGAAUAAGAAGGACCUCAAAGGAAAAUAAAAUAUUUUUAACAUUUUUAUAACCCAAUAAACGAUAUACUUCAAAAUUAUCUAUAAAAAAAAAAUAUGAAUGAUUUCUAAUAAGAUUAAUAUUUAGAUUAAAUACUUAAGUUGAUGAAGGAAUAUAGUAAAUAAUAUAUCAAAAAUACUAUUUUUUAUGAUAUGAUGUAUCAAGAGGAGCUUGCAAAAUUUAUUGAAAUAAAUGAAUAUUAAGUUUUAGGAAUGACAUUAACAUCUUAUCACAUGCAUUAUGAAGCUCUGUAGCUAUUAAAGGCUGAGAUAGUAGUUGUUGAAGAGGCAAGUGAAAUUAUAGAAAGCGAAUUUUUCCCAAUUUUGACUCCUUGUCUAAAACAUUUGAUACAAUUAGGUGAUCAUUUACAACUCAGGCCAUUUUAAAGAGAUAAAAAAUUAGAAUUAAAUUAUAACUAUAAAAUGUCAUACUUUGAGAGACUUAUAACUGUAAAUUAAGUUGAAUUGGUCACUUUAUAUUAAUAAAGAAGAAUGAGACCAGAAUUUGCUAAUUUCACUAGAUUAUUUUAUGGAGAUAAAUAUACUGACGAUCCUUCAGUACAUAAAUUAGAAUACGUAUAAGAAAUAUCUACAAUAGGAAUGUAUUUGUUACCACAUACAUAUCCUGAUACGAUGAUGCGUGAUCGUUCUUAUAUUAACCAAUAUGAGGCUAAUUUUAUAUACAACUUAGUCUGCAAAUUAACUAUGUAAUAUAAAUAAUCAUAGAUAACUGUACUAUCUAUGUACAAAUCACAAAAAACACUUAUAUAAAGCUAACUAUCUGGAUUUGAAUUUGUCCAAAGCUUUACUGUAGAUGAGUUUUAAGGUAAUGAAAAUGACAUUAUUAUCCUUUCAUGCGUUAGAUCCAAUAUUCAAAAUAAAUGCGGUUUUAUUAAAGAAGACCAUAGAAUAAAUGUUGCCUUUUCAAGAGCUAAAAGAGGAUUUUUCUGCAUUGGCAAUUUUAUUAUGUUUGAAAUGAAGGUUUAAACUUGGAAACAAAUCAAUAAAUUAGCUUUCAAAAAAUAUUUUAAUUUUGGAGGAGGUGGUUAAAUGCCACUUUAUAAAAAGAUCCACUUUAUAACAACAAAAUGCUUAUAAAAAAUCUAGAAUAAAAAUGGUUAUUAAGAAGAAUAUACUUGCAAUUUAUGUAAUUAAAGUUCUCAUAUUGGUAAUUGUGAAUUUUUCGAACAGUAAUAUGAAGAUUCAAUUAUCUAUGAGCAUGUCCCUAAAUAAAGAGCAAAUUAAGCAUAAAUUAAAGAUCUUAAGGGUUGUUAAAUAAAUUAGUUAAGGCAAGAUAAUAUAAAUAAUAAAAAUCAAAAAGAUGAAAUUUUAAAAUAAUUAAACGAUAAAGAUCGUAGUGAUAUUUUAUCAACAGAAAAAUAUUUACUAUAAAUAAAUUAAUUAUUAAAAAGCAAAUCCAAAACCAAGUGA